CCAAUCCUCCUUCCGUUUCAUUCCUCCCCUUAACUGCACUCCGCUCUCCCUCCUCCCCUCCCCUCCGCAGUCGCCGUCGUCUCUCUCUGACCUUCUUCUCGUGCCCGGCGUCUCUGGAGCCGGAGCGGCCACCCACAAGGGCGAGUCGACGAGCUGCCACGCGCGCGCGCGCCGAGUCGGGCGUAGUCGGCCAACUGCUCGCGCGCAUUUCCCGGGGCUCCGCCGGCCGCCGCCGCCGCCGCCGCCGAGGUUGGAUUGGUACAAACAAAUGAAGGUGCUGCUGAUUUAGUCCCCCAGAUUGAGGAAUCAUCAGAUGGAUCGUCUCAGAAUCAUAAGCCCUUUCCAUGUUCUGCUUUCACUACAUCUGUUACUAUCUUUAUUCAACCCCCUUGCAGUAGCGGACUUGGCCUCCGAGCAGCAAGCCCUUCUUGACUUUGCCUCUGCAGUCUAUCGCGGCAACAAGCUUAACUGGGGUCAAAAUACACCAGUGUGUUCAUGGCAUGGCGUUAAAUGCUCAGGAGAUCAGUCACACAUAUUUGAGCUGAGGGUACCAGGUGCCGGUCUCAUCGGAGCAAUCCCUCCAAACACUCUUGGAAAGCUCGACUCUCUCCAAGUUCUGAGCCUGCGGUCUAACCUUUUGUCUGGAAGCCUUCCAUCUGAUGUGGCCUCACUUACUAAAUUACGUUCCAUAUACCUUCAGCACAAUAAACUUUCAGGAGAUCUGCCUUCUUCAUUCAGUCCUAACCUAAGUGUAGUGGACCUCUCCUACAAUUCCUUCACUGGGAAAAUUCCUGCAAACAUACAAAACCUUACUCAGUUAUUUCUCCUAAAUUUACAAGAAAAUUCUCUCUCCGGACCCAUCCCUGAUCUGAAGCUUCCAAGUCUGAGACUGUUAAAUCUGAGCAACAAUGAACUGAAAGGCCCAAUUCCUCAGUCGCUCCAAAUAUUCCCGAAUAGUUCAUUCUUGGGAAAUCCUGAAUUAUGUGGGCUGCCCCUAGAUAAUUGCUCAUUUCCACUUCCACCAACACCCUCAUCAGAACUGCCUUCAACACCAACGUCUGCGCAUCACGACAGGAAACUGGGCAUAGGGUUUAUAGUUGCAGUUGCUGUUGGGGCAUUUGCAGUACUGAUGCUAGGUGUGGUUGUGUUGAUUGUGUGCCUUUCAAAGAGGAAGGGCAAGAAAGAGAGUGGUGUCGAGUACAAGGAUAAGGGAGCUGGUGUGAGGAGUGAGAAGCCGAAACCACAAUUCAGUAGCGGUGUCCAAACCGCUGACAAGAAUAAGUUGGUUUUCCUGGACGGUUGCACCUAUAACUUUGACUUGGAGGAUCUACUAAGAGCUUCUGCAGAAGUCCUUGGCAAGGGGAGUUAUGGGACUGCCUACAAAGCUAUACUCGAGGAUGGGACUGUUGUGGUUGUCAAAAGGCUAAAAGAUGUCGUGUCAGGGAAAAGGGAGUUUGAGCAGCAGAUGGAGCUCGUUGGGAGGUUGGGCAAACAUGCAAACCUAGUCCCGCUUCGUGCUUACUAUUAUUCAAAGGACGAAAAGCUUGUCGUGUACGAUUACAUUGACACCGGCAGCUUUUCUGGCAUGCUGCAUGGUGUUAGAGGUGCGGCCGAGAAGACGCCAUUAGAUUGGAAUUCCAGGGUGAAGAUCAUACUUGGCACAGCAUAUGGCAUUGCACACAUCCAUGCAGAAGGUGGCGCUAAGCUGACCCACGGCAAUAUCAAGUCAACCAAUGUCCUCGUCGACCAGGAUCAUAAUCCCUACAUUUCAGACUACUGCCUGAGUUCUCUGAUGAGCUCCCCCGUCAACGCGUCCCGUGUCGUGGUCGGCUACCGUGCUCCGGAGACCAUCGAGAACCGGAAGAGCACGCAGAAGUCCGACGUCUACUGCUUCGGCGUCCUCCUCAUGGAGAUGCUCACGGGAAAGGCGCCGCUCCAGUCGCAGGGGAACGAGGAUGUCGUCGACCUCCCAAGGUGGGUGCACUCCGUUGUCCGGGAGGAGUGGACGGCCGAGGUGUUCGACGUCGAGCUGAUAAAGCACCAGAACAUCGAGGAGGAGCUGGUCCAGAUGCUCCAGAUCGCGAUGGCGUGCACGUCGGGGCCGCCGGAGCGGCGCCCGGCGAUGGAGGAGGUGAUCAGGAUGAUCGAGGGGCUCCGGCACUCCGCUUCGGAGAGCCGCGACUCCUACGACGAGAAGUUCAGGGAGUCCAACACGACGUCGGUGUAGUUGUCUCUAAUCUGCUGUUCUCCUUCCGGUUGGUUGCGGAUGAUUUGAUUUGUUAGCUGAUUUAUGAUUUGAGUUCAUAUAUGCCAGCAUGGCUGACAUCAGGUGCAACCUAAUUAGUCAGAACAAUUUGCAUCGAGACUGUGUGUAUCUUGGCAAAUGUAGAGUUUUCCACUGGGAGAUUGAAUUGAAUUGCUAUAAUUGUUGAU